CUCUUUCAAGCGCAGGACCAAUACCAUCUAAUCACCUGGUUAUUCGCCACUAUCGGACUGGGACUGAUCUUCAACUCUACUCGCCUGAGGCUCAUAGCCUCCAAAAAUUUCACAAUUGUCGUACAAGGUGAAUGAACGAAACACAACAUGUCGGGCCCCAACGCGCCUAGCCCAGCACCUCGCAGCGCAAGCACAGGGCCAAAUGGGCUUCUGGCAACUACCGGCACAUCACUUGUCAAUGGCGUCGGCGCUGCAGCGGUUGCCGGCUCAGGCGCGCCGGUGCAAUCCACAGGACCGUCUACCGCCACGGGUGCCAGUACCAUCUCACAGCAGAAUCUAAAUCAAAUUGUGAUAGACUACCUUGCGAAGAAAGGAUACCAUAGAACAGAAGCCAUGCUUCGGGCGGAGUCAUCAAAUCAAGAGAUUGCGCGAGAGUCUCCAUUCCAACCCACUGGCCCUCCUGCUAACCGCUACUUCGAGACAUUUGUGCGCUUAAAGGCGUGGACCGAUGAUGCUCUUGACAUUUACAAACCGGAAGUAUCACGGCUCCUUUGGCCAUUCUUUGUCUACACAUACUUCGAACUCAUCACACAACUGCAUGCUAAAGAAGCCGCACGGUUCUUCCAGAAAUUUUCGGAAGAGUUCCGCAGAGAACAUGAAUAUGACCUGAGAAGUAUGGAGCGCAUCACCCUACCAGAACACUCCGAAGACAAGGUCGCCAGACUCUACCGCGAGAACAAAUAUCGCCUGUCGAUCAGUCAAGCCGCAUUCGUAUACUUCAUGCAGUUUCUAGAGUCUCUCCCAGAGUUUGGUUUCAAGCUUCUGAUGAAAAUCGUCGAGAACCAUCUAGAUCUCAGACAGGUCGAUCGUGGUGCCGAUGAUCGAUUCAGUUUUGCGGCAGUCAUUGCCCGCGGUGCUGAAGGUCAGGACAUGCCUGCAGAGGACGAAGGAAUCCCUGGUCAUCGCCCUGGCAAUGCGGUCUCAUCAACAGAUCCCACUGUCGGUAACAAUCUGGCGACUCUGAAGCUUGGUAAGCUUCCUAUGGAGAAAGAGGCUGAAGAGGAUGUGCGUGCCGAAGUCACCGAGCUUGACUCUUCCGCCCCACCCCGCCCCGGUCAGGACAGUCUCCUGCAAACUCAUGAAAUGCUCAACAUUAAGCAGGAGGAGGAGGAUGAAGGUCCAAACAGAGCCGAAAUUCCCUUUCCUCCUUCAACUGCUCGGGAUGUGGCCAUGGAGGUUCAAAAGAUUCGAGAAAAUCGCGAUCGCUUGAAGAUUGAGACUCGGACAGGGGGAAUCGGACCCGCUCUCAGCACAGUCAUGUAUACAUUUCACAACACACACGACAGCAUCAUUUGCUUGGACUUUUCAGGCGACCAAAAACUCGUUGCUGCAGGUUUUCAAGAAUCAUAUAUUCGUCUCUGGACGAUGGACGGCUCUCCACUUGGUCCACCCGUCAACGGCCAGGAAUCGAAUUCUCAAAGACUGAUCGGCCAUUCAGGACCAGUCUACACCGUUUCAUUCGCACCUUCGACGGUGAAACCUACCGAAGAACUCGGCGACACCGACACAAAAUGGCUGUUGUCUUGCAGUCAGGAUGCUACGAUCCGACUCUGGCACCUUGAAACCUUCCAAUGUAUGGUGGUAUACAAAGGUCACGUCGGUCCCUGCUGGUCAGUCUCGUGGGGACCCUAUGGCUAUUAUUUCGCAAGUGGUGGCCACGACAAGACAGGAAGAAUCUGGCAGACUGAUAAGAUUCGUCAAAUCCGGAUCUUAGCAGGCCAUGACGACGAUGUCGACGUUACAGCAUGGCACCCAAAUUCCACCUACGUCUUCACAGCGUCUAGUGACAAGACCGUCCGGAUGUGGGCCCUUAACAAUGGCAACCCUGUACGGAUGUUCACUGGUCACACUUCGAUGAUUACCGCCCUCGCCUGUUCCAAGAAUGGCAAAUAUCUUGCUUCAGCCGACGAUACCGGCGUCAUCCUCAUCUGGGAUCUUGGCCCUGGUCGACUUCUCAAGAAAAUGCGUGGUCAUGGCAAAGGCGGGAUAUGGUCGCUGUCUUGGUCGGCGGAGUCGACGGUCCUAGUUUCGGGGGGUGCUGAUUGCACAGUAAGGGCAUGGGAUGUUACAGGUCCUGCCAAAGAAUCCACCACGACUGCAGCACACAAGGCUGACGGAACUGGCAAUCCGGCGGCAAAGACCGACGGCAGCGGUGGUACAACGACAGCCUCGGGUGGUACAGUCGCAGGGACCGGUAGCACGUCAGCAACCACAACAACUGCCCCCAAUAUCACACCGAUGACUACCGGCACCACUGGUGGCGGAGGUCCUCCCAAGAAGAGAGGCAAAGAUGCUGUGGUCACCAGUGACCAGAUCUCAGCCUUCCUCACCAAGCAAAGCCCUGUCUAUGUCACCAAGUUUACGAAUAUGAAUCUUGUGCUGGCUGGAGGUGCUUAUUUGCCCGAACAGGCCAAAUGAGACGGUGCCUUUCUAUGAUCGCCGCAGCACCCUCUUGUCUUUUUAGAUGUAUUUUAACCGGCAAAAGGCACUUUUAGUUGAAUGGUUCACAGAGCAAGUCGAUGGUUCUACGCGCCCAAUAGUAGUGCCAUGGAACUCGAUGUCAUCAGCGUUAGGUCUAGAUCAAAAUUCAUUCUGCGUGGAAGCUGUUGA